GCAGACAUAUGGAUCUUUGCGAAGGUCGAGAUCCUCUGGCGGGGUUCCAAUUAGUCUAUCCAUGUGCACCCUCCACGCAGCCAUCCAUUCCAUCCAUCCAUGCACACCAGCUGCACACUAUGCGGACAGACACAAACGGAACAGGGGAAAAAGAAGGCAGGUCCACCCGUGCAGUCAGUCCAUCCAUCCAUCCAUCCAGAAACAACACAGCACCGCCGCGCAGCCACAGCCACAGCCACACGCACGUAUCAACACACCGUCCAAACAGCCAGGGUAAAGCCGCCAACAUGAUUUUUCCAUCACGGUGCUUGUGAGUGCAUCUGGCCCUUCAUUUCUUUACCGUUGCGUCGCCGAGCCAAUGCAGCACAAGGAAGAAGACCCUUCCUUGUUUGUGCUGCACUGAGCAGGCCGACGCAACGGUAAAGAAAUGAACAGCCGACGGCGGCAACAAGCAAGACGAGCAGACUCUCACUACUCGACAGCCAGACAAACAAACCCAUCCAUCCAUCCAUCCAUCCAAUGCGUCCGACCCCGCCCACCGCAGGCUCAUCCAAACGCUACCUAGCUUCACGUAUCAACAAGCAAGGAAGUAUGCCCACUCCCGUCCCCUUCUAUCAGCCCUUCUAUCGGCAUCUAUGCGCCUCUGUACUUGAUGACCUCCACCUUGUCCACAAACUCCUCGCUGCAGAAUUUGGCGAAGGCCUCGUGUGCGAGCAAGAGACUCUGCGCCUCUUCGCUGCCCAGGUUCACCAUCAGCACCACCGUCGGGAUCACGUGCCCCUUGUACACCUCCCAGACGGUGUUGUCCGGGAUCACACCCGCCGGCCAGAUCUUGUCCUUGAGCGACCCGAGGGCCAUGAGCGUCUCGGGGCAUCGGAACUCCUUGGGUGUGACGCGGAUCACCGUCAGGAACGACGUGCCGCCCUGGGCCUGAUGAGGCACGGCGGCCGCCGCCACGCCCUGGGUGCCCUCGCCACGCACACGCCCGUACGUCAUGACCGGCAGGGCACCUGGCAUGCCACCUGAAGACACACGACACACGCACAAGGGCAACAGAUAGUCAGGUCAGAUGUAUCGAUGUCUGCACGUCGGUGUGCGCUUACCGGGAUACAUCGGAACUGGAACCAUAUAGCCACCGCUGCCAGUCGAGUAGCCGCUGAGCCCCUACACCAGCAAAGAUAUCCAGAGACCACAAGAUCAACAAGGUCAGGUCCGCGCAUGUGUCGACAAAAAGACGAUCUGAUCUCCUGCCUUUGUAGGGUGUGCAUUCGCGUACCAGAGGGCUUCCAGUGCUCCCAACCAUCGGCAUAACCAUGGGCAUCUGCACGUAUGGAGCAGGCAUGGCUGCCCCGCCCGCCGUGCCGUACCCUGCUACGGUAUAUCCUCCAGUGGUGGUAUAGGUGGCGCUACCGCUAUUGCCACCUGUGGGGUAGGUGGGGUAGGUGCCUCCAGUGGCGUCGGGCGCGUUCGGACCAGCCUGCACAGUGGUCGAAGCUGGAGCAGCGGCGGCGGUCGCAGUGGUGGUCGGAGUGGCCAUGGGCACGGCAGUCGCCACGGUGGCCGGCACGGUAGUCGGUACCGAACCUGAAAGAGCGCCACAGAGGUGAUGAAAUGCACAGGGAUGCAUGCUCUCGUAUUGUAGGCAUGUUGUGUUGCGUGCGGCUUCUCACCCAUGUACAUGGCAGGAUACCCGCCCGCCGUGGGGUAGGCCGAAACGCCGUACGAAUACAUAUCGCCAACAAGUCUACCA